AUGGUUACCGUGAGGACAACGAAGCCUCCUCUACCGAAGACGCCCCUCCAUCAAGAGCAGAGAGCGGCCCCGGAGCGCCGCACCCAAAGACCAGCUGUCCAGAAGCCUCAGGGGCCACAGAGGCUCUUCGCCGUCCCUUCAAGACGGCAGACCGCGCGGCCUGGAGCAGCGCCGGGCCCAGCAGGCCGGCCCCCUCCCUCACUGGCAGAAGACCAGCAAAAAGAAGCUGCGUUCACAGGCCUCGGUGGGCAGGAAGGACUCCCAGGACACGCCCCCCGCUCCCUUUCCACCAGGAGGCACCAGCAACGACCCUCCUCCGCAGGGCCCGUCGGCUCAAACUACGGACAGAAGGCACUGAGGGCCGGUGGCUCUCGAGGGCUUUUCUUUGACUCGUCAGCGGAGUUGUUGUCGGCACUCAGCGAGGAAGAGAGGGAGCUCCUCGAAACCAUCACAGGGAGGGGCUUCCCUUUACGCACGGCCAUUCUGGCUCUGCAAAAGACCGGCUACCACAGCCCACAGAAGAUCCUGAAAUACCUGGUGGCCAGUGAGCGUCUGUGUGAGCUGGGUUACGCUGAAGCUCAGGUGGAGGAGGCCUUGGACAUGUUUCAGAACUGUGAAAGCCAGGCUGCUGAGUUCCUGCAUCUCCUGACUCAGUUUAAUGAGAUCCAGCCCAAUGCGAUCAAAGAAGUGCUGCUGCUCCAUGAAAAUCACCGCGAGAGGGCUCUCGAAGAACUCAUGACCCGCAUAGCUUAAACAUAACUUCUUCCCACUUCUAGUCGGCAUGGAGAAUGGAUUUUAUUCUACAAUACAAUGUGUGAAAUGUACUCGCAUGUAUACAUUAUGUGGUCAAAGCAAUAUACUUAACAUAUACUGACCUCUGACUCCAACUAAACUACACCCUGAGCAACGCAACCAUUUAGAAGCCGUAGGUCACUAAAGGGGAAAUUAUCUUUUCUCAUAUUGAAUAAAUAAGUAAAAAUGUCAAAUAGUUUAAAUAUACAGGUCGAGUUGUCGAUUCACACUUAAAUUUUUUUUCCAAUCGACUUAAUUUCAGCUUACAUGAGCAAAGGGAAACACACCUACACUGUACAAUGAAAAUAAACAGAGGAGCUGUGGGUUAACUUUUUAAAUCUUUUCAGUAAGUCUGUGUCACACUGCACAUGGAAAAUCAAAUACAAUAAAACUCUGCUCUCCACUCUC